CAUCUAUAAAAGCACGCUGGUCCAGGCCCCGACAUCCUGCUUGCUUGCCACCUGUCACCACACGAUGCUGGGAGGCCUGGGGAAACUUGCUGCCGAGGGCCUGGCUCACCGCACCGAGAAGGCCACCGAGGAAGCUGUUCAUGCUGUGGAGGGGGUGGUCAAGGAGGUGGUGGAGCACGCCAAGGAGGCUGGAGAGAAAGCCCUUGCUGAUGCCUUAAAGAAGGCCCAUGAUACAGGGGACAAGGUGGUGAAGGAAGUCACUGAGACGGUGACCAACACAGUCACAAAUGCUGUCACCCACGCAGCGGAAGGCCUGGGUAAACUGGGACAGUGAGCACGUCUGCCUCCAGAGGGCUCUUCCUCAAUCCCAAUAAAAAGCUGUGAAAUGUGUA